AUGUUCCGUGAUCUUACAAAGAACGUGUGUGAGUUGAGUAACCUGACGGAGCUGCAUCUCUGCCUCUGCCCCAACAUCAGGAAGCUUCCUGAGACCAUCACACGCCUCACCAAUCUCGAGGCUCUCACAGUGGAGGAUUGUGAGGAGCUCUAUUCGGUGCCGAGAAACCUGUUAAGCCUGGGGAAGCUGAAGCGGCUGGAGAUUACAGAGUGUGACCAGCUGCAAGUGCCACCUGAGAGUCUACCACCGUCCCUUGAAGCUGUAAGCCUUGGGAACUGCGAGGACAGCAUCCCUCUGCCUGAUAUUGCGAAGCUGCCAAAGCUGACGAAGUUGGGUCUGAAGCUCGCUCAUGCAGAGCAGCACGUGGUGACAAUCAGCAGCAGCAUGACGCAUCUGAAGCACUUGAAACUGUUUCUCGCAAGAGAAACAGAAGAACUGCCCGUUCCCUUAUCCACCUUCCCCCAGCUUCGCACCCUGAAGAUUCAAAGGGCUGGGAGGGUCGAGAGGCUGCCUGAAACCAUCGGAAUCUGUCAGAGCUGCAGGUUCUAG